CCUACACUAAUGUUUUAGGAUUAUUCUAAUAAAAUUCCUUUUUCACAAAGAAACUACAUUGAUUCACCUGAAUAUUAAAGAUGAGGUAACACGCAGUUUCUGCCAAUCUCAUAUUAAUCUUGAGUACCUAUACAGUAGUAUUGCAUACCUCGUAUCUUCGAAGAGUACUUAGUUUGAUCAAAUUUACAAAAGACAGAUACAGCUGUACGAUUAUUUCAGGGAAAGACGAGCGCCUGGACGCGUGCAGGGGGGGGGGAGGGGCGGAACUACAGCACAAGCACACAAUACAUCAUCGCAUUGAUUCACUAUAAGUUCGUGUUGUUUACAUUAUGCACGUACACGCUGAUUGCCAACAAAACAUAGACAUAUGACUUAGUCAAACACAUAGUUUGACUUCCCGCGUGCGGUUCAUGUCCGGCAUCUUUUAACGCUGGGACCGUGCCAUCUAUCAGUUUCAAACGAUCUCCAAAUCCAGUGUUAUAUCCACCGUUUAUAUAACAUUCGUCAUUGAAAUGCAGUGAGCAAACAAACACAGCUAAACUUCCGUCAGCCGAGUGAAGCGGCAUUUUUUUUUAAAGUUAUAUUUAUGGGCUUUUUGUCUUUAUUGUGAUAGGAUAGUGGAGAGGUGACAGGAAAGUGCUGGGUAGAGACGGGAGCAGGAUCGGCAAAGGACUGCACAAGACGGGAAUCGAACUGGGGUUGCCGUGAGCGUACUAGCGCUAUAUGUUGGCGCACUAACCACCAGGCAAUUGGUGCCGACGAGUGAAGCGGCAUUGAUGGGCGUGCUCUUUCUCACGCUGGCUUGUUGACGCGUGGGCAUGCUCUUUCUCUCACACUUGCGCAUGGCAUCAGGAGAGUCCAACGAUGACACGGAAGUGUACAACAUCACGCUGAGCACUGGGGAUGAGCUGACACUAAUGGGCCAGGCCGAGAUCCUUUAUGCUAAAACGUCGAAAGAAAAAUCACGUUUCAACACCAUUUUCAAGCGCAUCGGUAAGCUAAACUCCAUAAGUAAGCUUGGCCGCGGCAAGAUGCCAUGCCUUAUCUGCAUGAACCACCGCACCAACGAGAGCAUCAGCCUGCCUUUCCAGUGCCGAGGUCGCUUCAGUACCUGUUCGCCGCUGGAGCUGCAAAUGCAAGAAGGGGAACACACUAUUCGCACAAUUGUGGAGAAGACCAGGUUACCUGUGAACGUCAUGGUGCCUAGCAGCCCGCCACGUAACCCACAUGACCUACAUCUGAUCCGCGAAGGCCACAGAUACAAGCUGGUCAACAUCCAGACCAAGACGGUGGUUGUGUGUUGUGUUUUACGUUCAAACAAAAUACUGCCAGUGUAUUUCCCCUUGCACGUGUCUACAGCACUGCCGCGUUUACUGGUGCCUGAAGGGCUGCUUCAGGGAGAAGCUUGGUUGGAGACGGUGGUCCACCGCUGGUUUGCAUAUUGCAAGGAGCAGUUUGAUAUUGACGACUACUCCAGAGCGGUCCGCGAUGUACGGGUGGACUGGAUCGAGGAGGGCAAGAGUCCGAAGAAAAGCAGCACUUGUGGAUCAGGAAGUGGGAGUGCGAUCUGUAACACCAGCGGAGGUGGAAGCAAUGGCUGCCCAUCACAUGUGCAUCUGCCAAGUUCUCUGAGCUCAGCCCGAGAUGAGCUCACGCAGUCAUUCCACCGCCUGUCUGUCUGUGUCUACGGCAACAAUCUCCAUGGCAACAGCGAGGUAAACCUUCAGGGCUGCAUUAGUUUAUGCGGAGAUUGCAUUGCACCAGAACCACCCGAUGCAGAUUAUCUUUUCCCAGAGUUGCUGGAGAGUUCCUCAGGUUCACUUAAACCAGACGUGCCGUAUGAGGAGCUUUGGUUGGAUCAGGUUAAGAACCCUGGAUCUGUGCUAGAACACAACGAGGGUGUCAGAGGAAACUCCACCAUCUCUGGCUGCACGACUGUACUGCCAUACGCUACAACAGGUCCCACAAGUACCAUCCUCAGUGCAGAUGUCAAUCUACCUCCACCUCCGGUGCCUCCAAAGUCUGAAGCUGUGAAAGAGGAGUGCCGGUUGUUGAAUGCUCCACCGAUUCCACCACGGAGUUCCAAACAGACAAGCUCAGGCAGCGUCACAGUGCCGUACCCUCCUGCGAAGCCACUACAGACAGACACUCGCUCCCCAAGCCCAACACUAUCCUAUUACUCCUCUGGCCUACACAACAUAGGUGGAGAGGGUGAGCCUCGGAGCGAGUCCGAUGAUCAGAACCAUGCAUGCUACCCAUGUAACUGGAUCAGACCAGACGCCAGUGAGGGCUCCAAGCCUCUCCCUUGCCUCAGUCCUUCCAUCGGUGCCUCAUUUUCCCGCCUUUCCUGGCCAAACGAUUUCUGUGGGGCUGACUCGUAUAAAGGUGAGGAUUUUCCUUCAGUACACUGUCGUAGUUACUCUAGUUAUCCACGAAAGAGGACACCUGGUACUCCUAAGGCUUGUCCCACAGGCCUCUUUGACUUUGAUAGGCGGGAGAAUUUUAAAGGGAGCUCUGCGACCUCCAAGGUCAAAAAGGGGCCUUCCCAGUCUUGCACCAAAUCCACCAGCUACACUGUGGAAAUUUUCAGAGACAAAUCCGCAGAGGAAUGUAACACUAAGCAAAGCCAGUCCUGCCCCAUUUUGCCUCCAAGAACCUCCAAAUCUAACGAUACAAAAAAAGAUCCAGAGCCCACCACUACAACCACAGCUAAUGUUGAUGCCGUGGAACUUGAGUCUAAAGGCUGCUCGCUUGAAGGGUCACAUCAAAGCCCUACAGAUGUGUUUUCAAACUCCUGUCCUGUUGCUACAGACUCACAAUGGCAGCCACCGAACAACCUAUCAGGUCUCUCCAUUGAGGAGGUUUCAAAGUCACUACGGUUCAUUGGUCUAUCUGACGAUGUUGUUUUGUUGUUCAUGCGAGAAAAGAUUGAUGGAAAUUUACUCACGCAGCUAACAGAGGAGAUUUUGUCAGAGGAUUUUAAGCUAAGCAAACUUCAAGUAAAGAAACUUAUGCAGUUUAUUAAUGGCUGGAGGCCUAAAAUGUAACGUUGAACAAGCAAGCCAGGCAAGAGCAAAACAUGCAAAGUGCUGCAGCGUCAGCCUGAAAUAUUGGCCUUCAGUAUUGCAUUUGACUGUUUUGUAUCUAAAUGCUAUGCACAGUCUUGUAAUGAUUUUAAUAGCCAUUUGUUAAUAUAUAUGUGUAUAUAAAUAUAUAUAUAAGGAUUGCUUUGUGUAUUAACCUCUAUAUAAUCUCUUUGACCUUACGGUACCUGCACAAUGGACUUAUUUGCUUGAACCCAAAGCCUUUGAAAGCCGAAUAUAUUUUGACCCAAUCCAACUGUGGCCUGCGUUUCCUUGGUUGUUGAUCAAUAAAGUUGAUUGACUUAAUCAUUUCUUUACUAAAACAACGCUUGCUUUAAAUUGAUAUGUCUCAAACAUUUAGAUUUUACUUAACC